AAAAAACCUAAAAAAAUAUCAAAUGGAUGAGGGCUUAUGCAAGAGGGUUUAGCUUGUUCUUCUCCUCUUCCUUUACCCAACAAUCAAUUACAGCCACCUCCCUGUUUUCUUUCUCAUCCCCAUUUCUCUUCUCUUCUCCCAAUCCCAGAUUCUUAGUCUCAAACAAAAUCAGAAUCUAUUCAUCAUCUGAUUCAGUUAUGGGGCCUCAAUCGGAAUCUAUUGAUGGGUUAAAUGAUAAUGGAUUGGAGUGGUCAGCAACAAAAGUUAGAGAUACUUUUGUCAAGUUUUUUCAAGGAAAAGAUCAUACCUUUUGGGAAUCUAGCCCUGUUGUUCCUGUUAAUGAUCCCACUUUGCUUUUUGCUAAUGCUGGUAUGAAUCAGUUUAAACCAAUUUUCCUUGGGAAUGUCGAUCCUAACAAUCCUUUGAGUGGAUUGAAGCGUGCCUGCAACACCCAAAAGUGUAUUCGAGCUGGUGGGAAGCACAAUGAUCUUGAUGAUGUUGGGAAAGAUACUUACCAUCAUACAUUCUUUGAAAUGCUUGGAAAUUGGUCUUUUGGAAAUUAUUUUAAGAAAGAGGCCAUUGAAUGGGCUUGGGAACUCUUGACUAAGGUUUACAAGCUACCUGCUGAUCGAAUAUAUGCUACCUACUUUGGUGGUGACGAGAAAGUUGGACUUGCUGCUGAUACGGAGGCCAAGGAUAUUUGGCUCAACUUCUUGCCUCCUGAGCGUGUAUUACCUUUUGGUUGCAAGGAUAACUUUUGGGAGAUGGGUGAUACUGGUCCUUGUGGGCCUUGCACUGAGAUUCAUUUUGAUAGGAUUGGUAAUCGUGAUGCCGCAUCACUUGUUAAUAAUGAUGACCCUACUUGUAUUGAGAUUUGGAAUCUUGUCUUUAUUCAGUUUAACCGGGAAAGUGAUGGUUCUUUAAGAACCCUUCCUGCCAAACAUGUUGAUACAGGAAUGGGUUUUGAAAGGUUGACAUCUAUUCUUCAGAAUAAGAUGAGUAAUUAUGAUACAGAUGUCUUCUUGCCCUUGUUUGAUGCUAUUCAAAAGGCAACUGGAGCUCGUCCUUACUCUGGAAAAGUUGGAGCUGAAGAUGUAGACAAUGUUGAUAUGGCCUAUAGAGUUGUUGCUGAUCAUAUAAGAACUCUCUCUUUUGCAAUUGCUGAUGGUGCUUGUCCCGGUAACGAAGGUCGUGAAUAUGUUCUGAGGCGCAUUCUUCGUCGAGCUGUUCGUUAUGGAAGUGAAGUACUAAAUGCCAAGGAAGGGUUUUUUAGUGGAUUGACACCCACCCUUGUGAAUUUGAUGGGUAAUGUUUUCCCAGAGCUAAAGCAACACGAGAAACAUAUCAAAGAUAUUAUUGCAUCUGAGGAGAUCAGUUUUGGGAAAACACUACUCAAGGGAAUCGAGAAAUUUAAGAAGGCUGCUCAGGAUGUUGAAGGGAAGACAUUGAGUGGUCAGGAUGCUUUUGUAUUGUGGGACACAUAUGGCUUCCCAUUAGAUUUGACUCAGUUAAUGGCAGAGGAAAGAGGUCUAACGGUUGAUACAAAAGGAUUCGCCGACGCUAUGGAAGAGGCAAGGGAAAGAUCUAGAAGUGCUCAGAACAAGCAAGUUGGCGGUGCAAUUACAAUGGAUGCUAAUGCUACAGCCCUGUUACACAAUAAAAAAGUUCUUACCACUGACGAGUCCAGUAAGUAUAUCUGGAACCAGGAUCACGAUAGCAUUAUUAGAGCUAUAUAUACCGGAUCUGAUUUCUUGGAUACCGCGGAAGCGGGCCAGGAAAUUGGUGUUGUUCUUGAGUCUACAAGUUUCUAUGCUGAACAAGGUGGUCAGAUAUUUGACACUGGAUCACUUGAAGGCUCAAAUGGAACUUUCGAAGUUUGUAAUGUCCAAGUCUUUGGUGGUUUUGUUCUACAUAUUGGUCGCUUUUCGAGUGGAACCGGCAGAUUUUCUGUUGGUGACAAAGUCACUUGUAAGGUGGACUACAACCGGCGUCAACUUAUUGCUCCCAACCACACUUGUACACACAUGUUGAAUUUCGCCCUCAGGGAAGUUCUCGGAACUCAUGUUGAUCAAAAGGGAUCCAUUGUCCUUCCCGAGAAACUAAGAUUUGAUUUUUCUCAUGGCAAGCCUGUUCAAAGCGAAGAGUUGAGAAAAAUCGAAAGUAUUGUUAAUGAACAAAUCAAAGCUGAACUCAAUGUAUAUUCAAAAGAGGCAACACUUGCUGAUGCCAAACGUGUAAAUGGUCUGAGGGCUGUGUUUGGGGAGAUAUAUCCCGAUCCCGUAAGAAUAGUGUCAAUCGGUAAAAAGGUGGAAGAUCUUUUGGCAUAUCCAGACAAAGAAGAAUGGUCGCAAUACUCCGCUGAGCUUUGUGGAGGAACCCAUAUAGCUAAUACAAGAGAAGCUAAAUUAUUUGCUCUUCUAUCUGAGGAGGGAAUUGCCAAAGGUAUUCGGCGAGUGACGGCUGUUACAUCUGACUGCGCAUUGGAGGCUGAGCAAUUGGCAUGCUCCCUCGAGCAAGAAGUGAUCGAUGCAUCAAACAUUAAAACAAGCUUGCUAGAAAAGAAAGUAGCUUCUCUAAGAAGCCGUGUUGACGCAGCACCAAUCCCGGCAACCAAGAAACAUGACAUUAGGUUGAAGAUUUCUUCGCUCCAGGAUCAAGUGCGGAAGGCCCAGAAAAAAUUGGCCGAAGAGAACCUGAAAAAAGCCGUAAAUGCCGCCAAUGAGAAGGCAGAGGCUGCUGUUUCCGAAGGAAAGACAUUUUGCAUCUGUCGUUUAGAUGUUGGUUUAGAUGCUGCUGCCGUCAGGGAAGCUGUACAAAAAGUGAUACUGCAAAAGAAAAUAUCGGUCAUGGUUUUCAGCGUGGAUGAAACUGCCAAUAAGGCUAUUGUUUAUGCUGGAGUACCCGACAAGGGAAAUAUAUGGAAAGGCUUAGAAGUGUCCGAGUGGUUGACAGUCGCUUUGGGCCCUCUUAAGGGAAGAUGCGGUAAGGGAAAAGGCGGUCUCGCUCAAGGCCAGGGUACCGAUGCAUCACACGUCGAGGAGGCCUUAAAAUUGGCAAUGGACUUCGCAUCAUUGAAACUUAACUGAACAUUGUCGUCUGGUCUAUUAGCUCACCAGACCUUGCGGCUGUGUUACGUCCUCGAUUGUUAAUUGCCAUUGGAAUGUAACUUUGCAAGCCUUUAACGAAAUGGGUAACUUUGGCGACUAAUUUGAAAAGGCGUGCUGCCGUUUUUUUGCUUCUUCAUAGAAUAGAAGUAUAGAACCCAAUUGUUAUUUUAUGUUUCAAUACAAAAGUUUCUGUAAUCUACUUACAGAUUUGGAAUGCUUAGUUAAGCUAAUUCGGAAUUCGGUCUUAAAUUUAAUUAAUGAAACCGGUAGACGUUUGUUCUGCUGAUAGAA